AGACCUUUAAGUACACGCUUCGGGAUGCCAGGGGUCACGUGACUCGCGUGUCUCCAGCCUGCCCGCUCGGCUGUCCGCUCUCUGCGCUGAAGUCAGGAUGACUGAGCCACCUGUGUCAUGUGACUGUUUCGUGUCCUUGCCCCCCGGCUCUCGGGACGACCAUGUCAUUUUUGGGAAGAACUCGGACCGUCCGAGGGAUGAGGUGCAGGAGGUGGCUUACUUCCCCACAGCGCUCUAUCCUCCUGGCUCCACGCUGGAGUGUACUUACAUCCAGAUCCCACAGGUGGAACAAACGCACGCUGUUGUCCUCAGUAAACCGGCCUGGAUGUGGGGGGCUGAGAUGGGGGCCAAUGACCAAGGGGUGUGUAUUGGGAACGAGGCGGUUUGGACUCGAGAGGCUGUUUCACCUGGAGAGGCUUUGCUGGGCAUGGACCUCGUCCGGUUGGGGCUGGAGCGCGGCAGCAGUGCCUGGGACUCACUCACAGUGAUCACCGAUCUGCUUGAGCAGCACGGUCAGGGGGGCCAGUGCAGAGAAGAUCCCGAACCCUUCAGCUACCACAACACCUUCCUUCUGGUGGACCGCAACGAAGCCUGGGUUCUGGAGACGGCUGGGAGGCUGUGGGUGGCACAGAAAGUAUCAGAGGGGGUGAAGAACAUCUCCAACCAGCUAACAAUCUCCACUGAGAUCUCUGCUGAGCACCCGGAGUUGCGCUGCGUGGCUCAGGCCCACGGCUGGUGGGAUGGCGCCGGGGAGUUUGACUUCUCGCGAGUGUUCAGUCCCGAGAACCCGCCAGCCAGAAUGGAGCUGGCUAAGCGACGGUACAAGGGAGGAACUGAACUCCUCAAAGAGCACGAUGGCUCCAUGACCGCGGAGGUGAUGAUGUCCAUCCUAAGAGACAAGUCCAGUGGCAUCUGCAUGGACUCCGGGGGGUUUCGCACCACAGGCAGCAUGGUGUCAGUCCUGCCCAGGGACCCCGGCUUGCCCUGCAUCCACUUCUUCACUGCCACCCCAGACCCCUCCAGGUCUAUAUUCAAGCCUUUCAUCUUCACCGAGUGCUCCACCCCGGUGUUGCGGGUGGUCUCCCCUCAGUUCGGCCCCGAUGAUCCUGCCAGGAAGCAGCCCCGCUUCCAGAGUCGGGUCGACCGCAGACAUGACCUCUACAAAGCCCACCAGGUGGCGCUCCACACUAUGGAGACCAACCCAGAUGAAGGUGUGGCGGUGUAUGAGCUCCUGAGGGAUCUGGAGUCUCAGUGUCUGAGUGAGAUAUCAGCCAUGCUGAGUGGGGAGAUACCUGGAGAUGAACUGGGGGACUUAUUUUUCGACUGCGUAGACACAGAAAUCAAGUUCUACCAAUGAGCGCCCUCAAGUGGUCAUCCCGUGUGCUUACAGUUGGUCCUGGAUCUGUUGAAUCCGCUCGUCAGCUCCAGCUAGCGGCCCUUAUCUCUGACGUUUUUCCUUCUUCAGCACAGAAUAAAGGUCUAAAAUGUGAUUUGAGAAAAUUCAUGAAGUGGAGCAGGCAGCGCUGGGACUGUUCCAGACUGCUGGAUAAAAAAAAGGUAGACGGCACAGUAGAGCUGUGAGAUGCUGCACCCAAGAAUAGCAGUGGUUAAACCUUUGUUUUUGGAAUCCACUAGGAUUCCAUUCGAUGGUCUGAUGUCUAGAUUAAACGAAUAAAGACGUGUGUGUUACGUUAGUGUUGUUUUGUUAAUUCUGUCGCACAACGUUGUUCCUAAUUCUCAAGUCGAGGAUCCUCCGGUUCACUCAUGGCAUGUUUUGCAAAAGGUGAAUACCAUGCACUCGUAUAGAUCUGGACCUGGUCACAAGGGGCACUAUGUUCACAGAACCUCAAGCCAGAGGGACGAGUACAGUGAAAGACGAAGAGACAGCCGUUCCACUCAUAAAUACCCUGAUGACCCUCCAAGUAGAAGACAGUGUGACCGCUCACCUCCACGGUCAUAUUCCAAGGACCAUAUAAACAGAGACAGAAUCAGAAAUUGCUCAGCCAGGAGGCGGAGUCCCUCCCCUGACAGGACUAUCUCUGAGAAGAAAAGACGACUGUGCUCAGAUGACUACAGUGGCAGAAGAUCACCUGAUGAUCGCAGUCACCACCGCUCAGCGGAGAGGGUUAGACAUUCAUCGUCGCAGGAGGACAGUUUUCACUACAAGCGUUCACCUCCCAGGAGUAGGCAUCAGGAGCCAUCAAGUCGGCACAAAGAAUCGGUGCGCAGGCUGUCGCCUGGAUGCUAUCGAGAUGAAGAAAGUUAUAGAAGCAGCCAAGGCCAUUCACAGGAAAGGUUAACAGAUGGCUUCACAUCGAGUUAUUCCAGUCCCAGAGAGAGAAAGGAGGAGGUUGGCUCGCCGAAUCACCAUCAAGAUCCCUCACAUUUCAAGCUAAAAUGGCAGUCUGGAGAGUUGUCGGAAAAUUCCGUUGACAACUGUCCAGCCAAGACAAAUGCAAGUAAAGGUUUCCAAAAAUUCCUGGAGGUUCUUAACAAGGGCGUGAAUGUAGACACUUUGACCCGCAUAGUGAAGGUGACUACUCCAGAGGCAGCGAAGUCUGGGAAUACACCGGUCUGCAAGGAUAGUCAGAGGUACAACAUGCAAGCUACUCCUGAACGGACCGUGCACUCCGCUGCUUCGAAAUGCCUGGAGACGACUUCACUUGACUUUGAAGAAGGAAGUGACCUUUGCUCCAGUGGCCGGCCGGAGUCACAGUUGGUCAUGGAGAAGAGUCCGCUCCGUACUGAAGAGCAGCACAAACACAAGGAGCUUCAGCAUGUGCUGCAGGCCAUCGGUCUGGAUUUAGGGUUUGAUGAACUUGGCCAAAUGUCGCACAGGAUUCAAGAGCGCCUGUAUGGGAAGAAGGAGGGGGAGUCGGCCUGCAAAGGUGGCAAGGAGUCAGCCGGGGGGCCAGCAUGUUCACCCACACGUCAUAGUAGAUCUUCGUCCUCCAACAGGUCCGGUUUUAUGUUCUACUCUCAGGAGGAUUCUUGCCGGGAUGUGUCACGAUCUCACAGUGGUGCUCCAGAUCCUCCUGAAGAGUUUGCAUGUGGGACUGCUCACAGCAGCACUAGCAAGGAGGACUUCCACAUCCGCAAAUCCCCUGAAAGCCCUGAUGGGUUUCACACGGCUAUUCCCUUUCUCACACCGUCACCACCACCCCAAAACACUCCGGCCUCUUUCCCGCCUGCGAACUCCAGCUUUUACCAUCCUCCUCCAACCUUUCCCCCUCCCUUGCCUUUUGUUCCCCCGAUGGUGUCUUGGCCUGCCCCACAACCCGCCCCGGCUCAUCCUUCUCCCACACAGUUAGUAGGUUUUCCACCACAAUACCCUCCGAUCCCUCAGCAGGUAAAUGUUCAUCAGCAGGCUCAUGUACAGCCACAGAACUCAAACUAUUUCAAGCCACAGGGGAGGCAGCGCUGUUUACAGGUGAUAGACAUAAAAAAGUAAGUGAGGUCCGCCUCCUCCGUGCCUGCUGCUUCAUUAUCCUGGCUAAACUGUUCGAUUGGGAGAGUAAGAAAAUAUGCUUUAACUGAAAAUUUAAUUUUUACUUCUCACCUACUUUUUGUUCUUUUCUCUCAAUUGAAUUAACACGGAUAUUGUUGUAAAGAAAGUU